GCCCCCGGUGCGCCGGCCCGGCCGCGGGAUGGUCCCCAAGCUCGCAGACUCCGUGGAGGGGCUCCGCGCCGCCGGCAACCAGAGCUUCCGCAACGGCCAGUUCGCCGAGGCCGCGGGGCUCUACAGCCGCGCGCUGCGGGCGCUGCAGGCGCAAGGUUGUUCGAACCCUGAAGAAGAAAGUAUUCUCUUCUCUAACCGCGCCGCGUGCCACCUGAAGGAUGGCAACUGCAGGGACUGCAUCAAGGAUUGCACUUCAGCGCUGGCCCUGAUUCCCUUCAGCAUGAAGCCCUUGCUGCGGCGAGCAUCGGCCUAUGAGGCUCUGGAGAAGUACCCCCUGGCCUACGUCGACUAUAAGACUGUGCUGCAGAUUGAUGACAAGGUGGCCUCGGCCCUAGAAGGCAUCAACAGAAUGACCAGAGCUCUCGUGGACUCACUGGGGCCCCAGUGGCGCCUGAAGCUGCCCUCUAUUCCCCUGGUGCCUGUUUCAGCCCAGAAGAGGUGGGAUUUCUCGCCUCCGGAAUACCAGAAAGAGAUAGCUAAAAGCAAAUUCAAAGAAACCACAACUGCAAAGACCACAGUGCCUUCUGCUGGGGAUGUGGAGAGAGCCAGAGCUCUGAAGGAAGAAGGCAAUGAGCUUGUAAAGAAGGGAAACCAUAAGAAAGCUAUUGAGAAGUACAGUGAAAGCCUCUCAUUUAGUGACAUGGAGUCCGCCACAUACAGCAACAGAGCACUCUGCCAUCUGGUCCUGAAGCAGUAUAAGGAGGCAGUGAAGGAUUGCACAGAGGCCCUCAGGCUGGAUGGAAAGAACGUGAAGGCGUUCUACAGACGAGCACAAGCCUACAAGGCACUGAAGGACUAUAAAUCCAGCUUUGAAGACAUCAGCAGUCUCCUGCAACUUGAGCCCAGGAACGUCCCUGCCCAGAGGUUGCGGCAGGAAGUUAACCAGAGUUUAAACUAAAAUCCCAGAAGGGCAGCAGUAUACACCUGUGCCCAAGCUCUGUCCUCUGUGCCUGCUCCUGGCACCCGGCACGCCCCCGAGUGAGCUCUGAAGCAACUCCAAGCUGAUGGCUUCCCAGCCCUUAAGAGGCUUUGCCUGUUCAAAUUAAGCUCAGUGUAGUUUAAAAAAACAAAAAAAAAAAAAACAACAAAAAAAAACAGAUGUUUUAUUUUGCUGGAAUGUCCCCACUAGAGCUGAAGCCCUAUUCCCCACUCCCCCC